CCCGUGGGGGACUUGUGUCCUUUAGCAAGUGGCUGCUCUUCCUCUCCACUCCUGACCUCCCCUGAACUCCCACUGGGUAUUGGGCCCUGAACUGGGAACAGGUAGUGGGGAACAGACAGGUGAAGUCUGGAGCCCAGGGAUGGACAGGCAAAGCAGGCAGGCAGGGAGGGUGGCUUUGUGCCAGGACGGGAAGGGCAGAGACUGCAGAGGAACUGGGCCAGGCUAGCAAGGGGAGAGGAGCUGAAUACUCUGGGCAGAAGGAAGAAGAGGACUAUGAGAGCUGCGAGGAGAGGUGACAGGCCACACCAUGCCUUGACAGAUGGCAGCCACAGGGGUGCUACCUAGGCCUAGGUGGAAAGCUACGUAUACAGCCUUGGACUCUAAGCUCAUACCCUCUCUCUACCCCCACAGGUUUCUGUCCCCGGGGCAUGACCAUGUGGCUAGGCCUGGCCCUGGUGCUGGGGGUGGCCAUGUGCCUGGGGUAUGGCCGACCCUUGCAAGCCCCUGAGCGUGCCUUCUCUGUGCUGUGGAAUGUGCCUUCGGCACACUGUGAGGCCCGCCAUGGGGUGAGGCUGCCACUUGGUGCCCUGGGCAUCAUAGCCAAUUGGGGCCAGCACUUCCGUGGGCAGAACAUCACCAUUUUCUACAAGAACCAGUUUGGCCUGUAUCCCUACCUGGGGCCCAGGGGUACAGCUCAUAACGGGGGCAUCCCCCAAGCUGUGCCCCUUGAGCACCACCUGUUGCAAGCUGCCUCCCAGAUCCGCCACAGCCUAAGACCUGGCUUCACUGGUCUGGCGGUGCUGGACUGGGAGGAAUGGUAUCCACUCUGGACUGGGAACUUUGGCUGCCGCCGCGCCUACCAGGAGGCAUCCUGGGCUUGGGCUCAGCAGGCGUUCCCUGACCAGGACCCUCAAGAGCAACUCCACAAGGCCCGUACCGGAUUUGAGCAGGCGGCCCGUGCACUGAUGGAGGACACACUGCAGCUGGGCCAGGCACUGCGGCCCCAAGGGCUCUGGGGCUUCUAUCGCUACCCGGGCUGUGGUAAUGGCUGGCAGGGUAAGGUUGCCAACUACACAGGCCACUGCCAUGCAGCCACCAUCGCCCGCAACACUCAGCUGCACUGGCUCUGGGCGGCCUCCAGUGCCCUCUUCCCUAGCAUCUACCUCCCACCCCGACUGCCACCUGUUCACCGGCAGACCUUUGUCCGGCAUCGCCUGGAGGAGGCCUUCCGCAGGGCCCUGGUAGGGCACCCACACCCCCUACCUGUCUUGGCCUAUGCCCGCCUCACAUACCGGCGUUCUAGAAGGUUCCUAGUCCAGGACGACCUUGUGCAGACCCUUGGUGUGAGCGCAGCCCUGGGAGCGGCCGGCGUGGUGCUCUGGGGUGACUUGAGCCUCUCCAGCUCCAAGGAGGAGUGCUGGCGUCUCCAUGACUACCUGGUGGGCACCCUGGGCCCCUAUGUGAUCAAUGUGACCAGGGCAGCCAUGAUGUGUAGCCGCCAGAGGUGCCAUGGUCAUGGGCGCUGCGCCCGGAGGGACCCAGGACAGACAGAAGCUUUUCUGCACCUGGAGCCUGAUGGCAGCCAUGGGGCUUGGGAUCCCUUCAGAUGCCACUGUUACUGGGGCUGGGCUGGCCCAACCUGCCAGGAACCCAGCCUUAGUUCUGCACCUGAAGAUGCAGCAUAAAGCUGGGCAUCCCUGCCCCUGCCCCAUCUGGCCUCUGCUCCAGCUUGUCCAGUCCUGGUGGCAUUCUGUCCCCAUCUUGCGAGGUCAUCCUCCUGAGCACACACCCCUGGGCAGGGGCGGGGGGGAUGUGCACAAAAUCAGGAGACCCUCUGAGCUCUUCUGACGCCAGGGCUGCAGCCAGCUCCAGGCUGCGUUCCUGCACUCCCCCGGGUCCGGGAGCAGAUGGGCCCCCUUAGACAGUUGGUCUUGGCUGAGGUGUGUGAAGGGGAAAGCUGCUGUCUGUACCCUGCUUUCAUCAUAAAGUGAUUUUGUCUUUCA